AGCGUGCGGUUCGAAUUGGGGCUCUAAGCAAACAGAAACUGACAGCAGCAGCACUCGGACUUGAACCUAACUUGGGCUCAAACUCUCAAUCGCUGUCAAACUCUCAAUCAAUUGUUCAAUGGCUCUAAUCAGUGCUCAGUAGCAAUCGCUGGGCCCUGGGCUUGGGCUAAGCGCCUCGCGACCUCGCUGACAGUUAUUUGUCGUCAACAAGCAACGAGCAACGGGGUGAACGGGCUGGACAAGUGAGUGAGUGUAUAUUGCGUGCCAGUGGCAGUUCAGCAGCAAGUCGCAAGUCAAGUCGUCCGCUCGCUCGCAGAAGCGAUGUAUGAGUUGCCGCUGCUGUUGCUUUAGCUUUAGCUGUUGCUGUUGCAUUUGCUUAGUCGUGACAUCGAAUUAUAAUAAUUAGCAUAGCAGGGAGACAUUGCCAGUUAAACGGCGGCUGGUAUGCCAAGCAAGCGGAAAUUUUGAAAACAACAGCAACAAGACAAGAGAAAUAAAAAUAUAAACAGAACGCUUAGCUCGUAACGCAGCGUAAUGUCGCCGGAGGCGAACAAUGAAAGCAACGCCACCUUGGGCCACCAGCUAGGAGCACAGCGUGAUCCCUUGAGUCUGGUCAUACCCGUUACCAUUGUAUAUGGGCUGAUAUUCCUCACAGGCGUUGUGGGCAACAUUAGCACCUGCAUUGUGAUCAAGAAGAAUCGUUCCAUGCAUACAGCUACCAAUUACUAUUUGUUUUCGCUGGCCAUUUCGGAUUUCAUGUUGCUGCUCUCAGGCGUGCCGCAAGAGAUGUACUUCAUCUGGUCCAAGUAUCCAUAUGUGUUUGGCGAGUACUUUUGCAUUGGACGUGGCCUGUUGGCGGAGACAUCUGCGAAUGCAACUGUGCUCACUAUUACGGCCUUUACUGUGGAACGCUAUAUGGCCAUUUGUCAUCCGUUUCUGGGGCAGGCGAUGAGUAAGCUGAGCCGCGCCAUACGCAUCAUUGUGCUCAUCUGGCUGCUGGCCGUGCUGACGGCCAUACCACAGGCAGCGCAGUUUGGCAUUAGCAACUAUGCGGGCGUGGACAGGUGCUUGGUGGUGCGCGUCAUACUGGAGCAUUCGUUUCAGCUGUCCACGUUCAUCUUCUUUCUGGCGCCCAUGUCAAUUAUAUUGGUGCUCUAUCUGUUCAUAGCGCUGCACUUGUAUCGCUCGCAUCUCAUAGGCGGCGGCGCUGAGGGCAGUCUGCGACGCGAGCAGAAGCUGAAGAGCGUGCCGAGCAAUACAGUGCUCUAUCGCUAUACUGGCAGCGGCACAUUGGCGAGCAACAAUUCGGGCGCACAGCUGAGCUCGGUGCGGGGAAGGCUUAAUCAUUAUGGCACGCGUCGCGUGGUUAGAAUGCUGGUGGCCGUUGUCAUUUGCUUCUUUUUGUGCUGGGCGCCAUUCCAUGCGCAGCGCCUGAUUGCCAUUUAUGCGCCCGACAGUGGCGCUCAAUGGCACGACCAGCAUGAGUUUCUCUAUACCGUGAUGACCUAUGUGUCCGGCGUGCUCUACUAUCUGUCCACCUGCAUCAACCCCUUGCUCUACAAUCUCAUGAGCAACAAGUUUCGCGAGGCCUUCAAGGCUGUGCUGUUGGGCAAGAAGUACUCGAAGGGUUCGAUCAACUCACGCCAGCAGUUGGAGUCACGGCGGCUACAACGCACUACGACGCUCAAUUCAAGCACACAACGUGAUUCCAUUGAGUCUAAACAAGCGCUCAGGCAGAGUGCUCUGAACGAACGACAGCUGCAGCAGUCCAAGUCGCAGCUAGUUUCGUAAUUUAAAAUGCACAUAAGUAUAAUUAUAGACAUUUUAUAGUUUCCUUCUAAAUAAUGAUAUUUAUCACUGGCUGCGUAUGCAGCUCUCAAUGCUUCCUAGUGUUAAUUUAUUUUAAUUUAUAAUUUGUGUUUUAACAUGCUUAAUUACAGCGACCAAAGCGUUUAGUACAAGUUAUUUUUAAUUUAACACUUACUACAAUCAAGCUUCAAGCAUUUAUUAUAACAAAACUAUUUAAACAUUGCAGCUAGUUCAACUACUACAUUUAAGUAUAUGCUUGCCUAAACUAGUCUGUCUGUAUCUCAAGAAUUAUAAUAAUAAAUUAACUGCUGACGUGUUGGCAAAUCAAUCAAAAUUUCACACUAUGUAAGCUACGAACAAAUUAAAGUUGCACUUGUAAUAUAAUUUAAAAUAAAUACACAACAUGUUGUCAG